AUGCCUGCGCCCGCAACCCCACAGCCCCGCCUGGGGCGCGGCGCCCCGGCGCUCCUGUUCCUCCUGACGGCUCUCGCCACCGGCCUCGCCUGCCACCACCGGCCUGCCAGCGAUGACACCUUCCCCUGGCGCAGCCUCCAGCUCCUCCAGGCCAUGGCUCCCAGCCCCACACCGCCCUGCCACCACCAGCAGGCGCCCCUCUUCCCCGACACCCUCCUGCACAUCAGCCACCCGCAGCAAGCCGCCGCCACCGCCCUCCGCAUCCUCCAGCACCUCUUCCACACCCUCAGCAGCCCCAGCAUCCCCCAGCACUGGCACAACGAGCCACGGCACCAGCUCCUCAACAGCCUCAAUCAUUACAUCGACCACCUGGAGCACUGCCGGUCAGGCAACGUCAGACGCUCUCGAAGCCGAGGACCCCAGAACUUGCUGCUCAAGAUCAACAAAUACAUCCAUGGCAUCAAAGGCUACCUCCAAGCCCACAACUACAGCGCCUGCGCCUGGGACCACGUUCGCCUUGAGGCUCACUCCUUGUUCCAACACUUGGACAAACUCUUCCGGCGAAUGAAGAGCUGAUUUGCUCCUACCCUCUGCCAACCCCGGCACCAAAUGCCUGUCCUCAGCCAACAUCGGUGGCCACAGAUGGAAUGGGGGCAGAUGCAGCCUGGGCUGGGAUUGAUCUGGGUUGCCAGAGCUCCUCCAGGCAGGCUCCUGCACUGAGAAGGAAUGGGCAUGACUACAUUGAGGCUAAAGCUGGGCUGUGGGACAGCCGCACUGCUCAUACUGCUGGGAAGGCAGGAGGGGAUUGCUGUGCUGCACGCCUAUGGACAACCUACAGAUGAGGGGAUGGGAGAGGGGUGAUAUUUAUUACCUAUGGAGAUAUCCAGCCUAUCCAGGCUGUGACCUCCCCUGAUGGAGGGGGAGGUCCCCAUGGACAAUGGGAGACUCUUGCAAAAAUGAAAGAACUGUUAUUUAUAUAUUUAUUUA